AUCAUGAUGCUUACCUCUUGUAAUCUCAUCAGAAUGAAUGAGUAUAUAUUACUGAAGAAAGUUCUGUUCGGAUGGAUCUUAUCUAUUCAUCUGUACUAUUGCUUCGGUACAGCUAUUAAUUAAACAGACAUCUUCGCUACUAUUUACAACAUAAUUUUGAUUCUCUUUCACCACUUCGAUUUUGUACGGAAUUUCUUUCUAUAUAAGUCAAAAUGCCCGGAUCACUAAAUUGUACCUCUAUAUCCCCAGAGUGCCCCGUUGAAGCCACUAUCUACGGUUACACACCCUCUCUAGGCUUCAACGCAUUUUUCCUCGCCUUUUUCACGCUAGCAGCUAUCUAUCACCUAGCCGCUAGUAUCCGUUACAAAACAUAUUUCUUCGGUAUGGCCAUAACAAUUGGUUGUCUGGGCGAAAUAACCGGAUACAUUGGCCGAAUUCUCUUACACAAUAAUGCCUGGUCAGACAUCGGAUUCGAGAUCCAAAUCUCCUGUCUUAUUUUCUCGCCUAGUUUCGUCGUUGCUAGUGUGUAUAUUACGCUUCAACAAAUUGUGCAAACUUUUGGCACAGAAAAAUCGAGGAUCCCCGCAAGAUUUUAUACUUGGGUGUUUAUUACUUUUGAUAUUCUCUCGUUGUUACUACAGGCUAUUGGUGGGGGCAUCGCUGCCAGUGCUGGUGAAAACGAAAAGACGAGAGAUUUGGGCACGAAUCUUAUGAUUGCGGGUAUCGUGUGGCAGGUCUUUACUUUAAUCGUUUUCGCUGCCUUGGUUAUUGACUACGUUCUCCGAACGAGAAAAUCAUGGGACCGAGUGCCCGAAGAUACGAGACUCAUGGCUGCAAAAAGACCCUUCAAAUCAUUUUGUGUUGGAAUCAGUGUGGCUUUCGUCACCAUUUUUGCGAGAUGCGUGUAUAGGAUUGCAGAGAUGGUUCAGGGUUGGGCAAAUCCAAUUAUGCGGGAUGAGGCAGGUUUUGUUGUUAUGGAAGGAUUUAUGAUUGUUAUCGCUGUAUCAUCCCUUGCGAUCUUUCAUCCUGGAUGGUGCUUUCCUCAAAUUUCUAAAGGGGCCCACACCAGUGGAGAAAGUAUCGAGAAGGCGAGGCUGGGGUCUAAUUCUGAUUCUGUAUGAAUGCAGAACGUGAUAGUAUAGAGAUCUCGUGGCCGUUUUGGGUGUGUAGAUUAUUAGAUGGGCAAUGUAAUACGCGGGUUUAGCAAGAUUUUAGAGUGGAAUGGUCAGUUACACCGAUCUGUGGGUGAAAACAUGGAAUGAUCUCUGAUACUUGGUAGAGUGAUAAUAACUACGUAUUGACAUUAUUCUUGUGCUUAAUAUAAGAAUAUGUGAAAAGAUUGAUCUCAAGCACGAAGCAUCGCGGCGAGAAAGCGAUGCGUGAAAUGCGAACUGCUAUUGCGCUAAGCUGCUAAGUCACAUCUUCAAAGGGGGUGUUGAGUGAGAGCCCCUCUCCCUGGCUACCGCCUAACAGAAUGCUACUUCAAAUAAUGCGGAAUCGGAUCAAAGCGAGCGACUUUUCUUCUUCGUAUCCUUACCAAGGAGAGAGGUUUGAAAUGUGAAAGAUUAUCAAUCCAUCGUAAGGAUUACUAGCAAGCGGAUACCACCCAUAACUUUCUCCAACUUCCGUGGCCUAUGCCUAUUCGGAAGCAACUAGACAUCCAGCAAAAUAAACAUCAUCGUUCGCGACCAACUCUAUCUGUUCCAUUACCGGACCGUCAUUUGUACGUGCGGCCGUGAUCCAGAUAUGCUUGCUAAACAAAACAGUUGCAUUUUUUCCUGGGACCUCAAAUUUUUCUGUCACCGUUGACUCACUGAACUCGGUGGAUGAAGAAUUGCUUUGAUAGGUGAAUUGAUAAUUGAGACUGACGCUAAACGAUGCGCAUCCAAUGCCAGCAGAAGCAGAGACUAGAAUAUUGAAAGUCAGCGAUCGCCUAUCUUGAAUGAGAAUGGAGGGAUACUCAUUUCGAAUAUUGGAAUGAGAUUGAUUAUUAGACAGGCAAAAUCGGAGAAUUUGAUUGCAAUAGACUAACCUUCAACACCUGCAGAGUGUGUCAUUGACUCAGAUUGUUCCUUACUGACGCCAUACUUUAUUUCUUUCUGGCGCGAGUACGCACCCCCACUCCCAUUUACCCAUACACCCUCGGUUCUCCAUGCGAUUGAUCUGCUCAACUCAAUGAAGGGGUCUUGGAUAAAGUCGAGGCAUCUUUCAUUUGUACUUUCGAAGAAGGAAGUGAAGGGCAGAGUAAUACGACACUGCUCGCUAAGUGAAAAUUGAUCUCCUGUGCUGGGAAUUGUACUAGGUGUAAUCUUAGGAACUGGCGCGUCAAACCUCUUGAAUUGAUUCUCGCAAGACAAUAUCGGAACCAGAGCCUGGGAUGAGUCAGGCUUAGAGUAGCUCGGACUUGCUCGGAAAGUACCAGCAGUGAUGGGAAUAUUCUUGUCGCCGUUUCCUACGACGGGUUCCGGAACCGCCUGCCACACGCUACAAUCAUAGAGACCGCCGCCUUUUACGUCGUCCCAAAACGAAGUGGCACCGUAGAUAGCUCGCUUGGCGAGAUCAGCUCGCAAACACCAGACCAAAUUGGUACUUGGCUUUUGAUCCCAUGAUGUCUUUGUGCAAUCAAAGACAACGUCACCCAUCGACACAUAUCCCGGCGGGGGAAUUGGUCUCCAUGUAGAGUUAUCGUAUAUUCCACCCAUACCUUGAGAAAUCCAUAUUUGCGUGUAGUCAGUUGGAGAUUUGACUGCGGGGUUUGAAUUACUGGUGGCCCCUACGAGGAGGGUAGCUUGUUUCUUGUUGAUGUCGUUGUAGUGGUUGGUACCGACAGAUCCCAAGGGACGCAUACCCCCAAAGUCCCCAGACUGGGAUUUCGGAUGCCAAAAGGUGGCGGCUUUCUCUGCACCAGUACCUUUAUCCGACCAGAGCCAGUUAUAAUCAGAGGUCAAAGUGACUUUGAGGUCGCCGUAGAUGCGAGUUUGGUUUGCCAUAUUUACUGAAAGCAAGAGUGAAGGCUGAAUAUAGCUGUUGACGUUUGAAAGAUUGUUGUGGAUUAAUCAAUGUGUACAGUGGAAUCUUCGCGUGAGUACACUGACUGGCCU